UGGCGCGUUGUGGCGCGCAAUUUCCUCAGUCUUGUCUCAGACGAUCAAUAGUACAGUUCAGAACGCUGCCUGUCUCGAGAGGGCAAAAAAAGUAAAUCAGUUCAGUGAAAUACAUAAAUUCAUAAACGCAGCCAGGAACAAUAGUGACCGUUGGAAACCGGUGGUGGUGGCGUCUGCGACGACAGCGUGACAGCAAUAGUGGCGAACGGCGGCGGCGGCGCCUUCUUGGAUAGCGUGUGACAAGUGGUUCAAGGAGACAGCUAAUAUAAUUACUGUUCGCUAGAAGAAGAAAGUGCUUUGUGUUUACUGCAGGCAGGGUUUAAUUAGAUCGAUCCGGUGAGAGCGGGAUUGGCAUUCCGAGCGAACUGGAAUCUGAUCGGGCGUCCACCUGGUUGGAAGGAGCCGUAGAACAAUGCCCAUUCUAGGGAAAAAAGUGCUAUUUUAAUUAGUUUUAUUAAUCGAAACAUCAUCUGAUUGAGCGCGGGUGGAUUGAAUAGUUUGCUCGUUGAAAAACUGUUGAGACGCGAUCGGAGCUGAAUUUUUCGUGAAUGUUUUGAGCUGUAAGAGCAUCAACAACAGAUGGACGGUUCUCGGUUAUUAUUAGAACUGCUUUGACGUACAAACACAAGCCCCCGUAUUUUCCGACCAGAAGAAACAUUGUGGUGCGAACUGAGGACGGGUACGAUCGUUUCGUGUUUUGGGAGAUCCUUUCCGAAGGGCGCGACUUUUUAUCGCCGGACCGGACCGGAAAUUGAGAAGAAUGGAGACCGAGUCGCAUGAAGUAUUCAGCGCAAAUUUGGUGAAAGAGAAUGAAGUUCCCAUGGUAUCGAUGGACGGAGAAGCCCACCCGGAGAUAACACUGGCCGCAGUCGGAAUGGGCAUCCUCGUAGCCUGCAUAAUCCUCAUCACGCUGAUAGCCUACAUCAGCCGAAGAAAGAGACAACUUUUCGACAACAUGAAAAGCGCUUCCGGUUCGUUGAGCGCCUCCAGAAAGUCCAACAACAGCGGCUCGGAAGUAUUUACCAUUUCGAAUCAGAUCCAAUCGCACAGCUGCCGAAGUUCAACGGUCACCGUCUGUACGGAUGUGGUGACCCAAAUUUGAGGACAGUUUUUAAUUCAUUGUGCGUUUGUGAUCCAAAAAUCGGAGACUGAGCCUCAGCUUGUUUCAAAUGUUUUUUCUGUUUGAAAAUGAUCUUCUUUUAAGCUCUACCAUGUAAUAGAAAUAAGUCAAUUAAUUUAGCAAUAAUAGCAUUUAGACAAUUUGUGUAUAUUUAGUAGGUUUUGUAGGUAAAUGUAUGUAUGCUCUAAAAAAACCAUUAAAUGGUUGAUCACUAUUAAAUUGAUAAUAAAACUGUGUACCGCAAUAGUA